UGCAUCGACCGCUCCAAGCGCAAGGUGCCAGCCAUGCUGCGGGAAGUGCCGGUGGACCGGCCGUCGCCCGAGUCCGACGAGCUGCCUCUGCUUUCGCCCGCGCUCGCCCACAGUUUGCCCAAAACGGAGCUGGCCGAGGUCGGGGCUCGCACGGCGCAGGGCGCGGCGCCGAUGGGGGCGAUGGAGGGAACCUUGCGAACGCAGCUGGCGGUGAGGCUGAGAGGUAGCUCGACGGCCUCCUGCUGCAAAUUCUAA